AUGAUGUUUUUAUUCUUACUGUUUUUCAUAGUAAGUAAUAAAUUUGUAUUAGCGAAUUUUAAUCUAUUUGAUUCAGGUUUAAAAAGUUUCCAUUUGAAAAGUGAUUCUGAUGACUUUGAUGCCAGUGAUCUAACUAAUUUAGAUGCAGUGACUGGUAAUAUCAGUGCAGGUGUGGUUACUGAGUAUGUGUUCGAUUUAAAAGAUGCUAAUGCUAAUGCUAAUGUUACCUUCAGCACAGCCUAUGAAUUGCUUGUCUUUAUGUCUGGUAAUAUUUGUUCUAUGGAUAAUAUUACUACUGAUGGCUCACCAAGUUUAAGGAUAUAUUAUGGGUUUAAUGAGUCGAUUCUUUCUGAUUUAACAACUGCCUCCUAUGGGGAUUACACAGAGGGUUAUUUUUCAUCAUAUGCGAUUAGUCCUUUUGCUAAUGAUUCAUCAAUUUUGUAUUCAAAAUUAUAUAUAGUGGCUAAAUUGUUUGAUUAUGAUACCCAAAUGCCAUUAGAAAGGACACCAGAGAAUGAGAAUCAGUUUUGGAAUUAUACGUUGAGCGUUUCUUUAAAUCAUCUUACAUAUCAAUGGGAUUCCAGAUCAUGGCUGCAAGUACUAGACACUGAUUAUAAUUCUGCAUUAUUAUCAAUAGGUUCAAGUUCAGUGGCUAACUCAACCAAAUCAACUGGUGUAAGUUCAGCAUUGAAAUACUACGAUGUUUAUAUCUAUGAUACUAAGGAAGCGGAUAUAAUUGAUGAAAUGUUUGGUAUGUCUGUCUGCGCCAUAAAAAAUGGUCCUUAUAUUUUAUCUUCAAGGGAUUUUGCAACUUUAAAUAUAAAUACAACUAUGUUGAAUAAUGAUACCCUUGCUGCUCAAAAGAUAUCACUAGGUACCUUUUAUGGUAGUUCUACAGGCCAAUUUUAUAUUACUGGAUUGAAUAGUUCAACAACAUAUUCCGCAUAUUUGGUAAAGAAAAUUGUAGAUACUAAUGCCAUUUUAGAUAUAGGAGGUGUUCUAUUCCGAAGAAUAGAUUUUACAACAAAGCCAGAUAAUACAUGCUCAUUGAUUUUUGGACUAAAUUUCUGCUCUGGUGUUGCAUAUUCUGUUCCAACAUCAAGUAAAUUUCCAAGUGAUAAAGAUGCAAUAGCAAAAAUGUAUGAUUCGAUAGCUGAAUCCUUAUAUGCUAACUUCAGUAAUGCUUUGCAGAUAAUUCCUUGUGAUACCGAACUUGAUGCUCGAUAUUCACCAUUUAGAACAUGCGAUGAUUGUGCCGCAUCUUAUAUGAAUUGGCUAUGUGCUGUUUCAAUUCCUAGAUGCACAACAGAUGAAUCUCCUUUGUUUAUUAGAAGACAAAAAUCACAAAAUAGAAACAGCUACAUCAACAAUGAUAUUGCUCCAAUAAAUGAUUAUUAUGAAGUGUUACCGUGUAUAGAUAUGUGCUAUUCAAUGGUUAGAGAUUGCCCAAGUGAUUUUGGUUUUGCCUGCCCAUCUAUUACAUCAAAUUAUGACUUAUUAUCGUUAAGUUAUAACUUCCUUUUGGAAAAUUUUGAUUUCCCAACUUGUAACUAUAUUGGUGAUUAUUCAAACUUAGUGCUGUUCAAUUUAUCAGCAAUUUCAGAUAAUGCGGGACAAAAGAACUUUACUGACAUAUUGAAUAACCUAGAUAACAAUAACAAUUAA